CCGCGCCGGCGAAGGGAGAUUCGCGAUGGGGUGGUGGAGGGCAGGUAAAUGGCCGAUAACAAUACUGGUCAUUCACAUCGUCGCCAUACUGAUAUUCACUCGAGGCUUUCUGCUGACUCGAACGGAGCUUCCGUACUACAGCCAAUGCUCCGAUCUUUCUAAAUCUCCAUGUGUCUAUUCUGAUCCAAGCUCCGACAACGAAACUUGCUGGACCAGGCCCGCCGUCGACCGUCUUAUUAUUAUCGUUCUUGAUGCCCUGCGAUUUGAUUUUGUUGCUCCGAGUGCAUUCUUUCCUGAAUCAAAACCAUGGAUGGAUAAGUUACCAGUGCUGCAAAAGUUGGCAUCUUCCCAUCCAUCAUCCACUAGGAUUUUCAAAGCUAUUGCUGAUCCACCCACCACCAGUUUACAACGUUUAAAGGGCUUGACAACUGGUGCCCUGCCAACUUUUAUUGAUGUUGGCAAUAGCUUUGGUGCUCCGGCGAUUGUUGAAGACAAUUUCAUUAAUCAGAUGGUUCAAAAUGGGAAACGAGUGGUAAUGAUGGGAGAUGAUACAUGGGUGCAGUUGUUUCCUAACCACUUUAAUAGAUCUUAUCCCUACCCAUCUUUUAAUGUCAAAGAUCUUGAUACGGUGGAUAAUGGAUGCAUAGAACACCUACUUCCCUCACUAUAUGAAGAAAAUUGGGAUGUUCUUAUUGCACAUUUUCUUGGUGUGGAUCAUGCUGGGCACAUUUUUGGAGUUGAUUCCUUCCCAAUGAUAGAAAAGUUGGAGCAAUACAAUGCAGUUUUGGAGGAAAUGAUUGAAGUUCUGCGCAGCCAAUCUGGACCUGGUGGCUUACAUGAGAACACUUUUCUUGUAGUGAUGGGUGAUCAUGGGCAAACAUUAAAUGGUGAUCAUGGUGGAGGAAGUGCAGAAGAGGUUGAAACAUCGAUAUUUGCAAUGAGUUUUAAGGAUUCCCCUCCACUUCCAUCUGAAUUUGAUUCUUCAGUAUGUGAUACAGAUUUGGAUGGGAAGAAGAUAUGCACCAGCUCCAUCCAACAGCUUGAUUUUGCAGUAACAGUCUCUGCACUGCUGGGUAUCCCCUUUCCUUUUGGAAGCAUUGGAUCUGUUAAUCCUGAGCUUUACGCUUUGGGUGCGGGUACAAGUAACAUGGAAGGUAGUAAUCAAGGAAAUUGUCAUGAUCAAUUGAAACUGGAAGAAUGGAUUAAGCAUUAUGUAAAUGUGCUCUGCAUAAAUUCUUGGCAGGUGAAAAGAUAUGUUGAUAUCUAUUCGGCUUCAUCAAUCAUUGGAUUUUCCUCUGAAGACGUAUCCCACAUAACAGAUUUAUAUGCAAAAGCAGAAGAAAAUUGGUUAUCUUCUACCAGGGAUUUAUUGCUGUACAAAAAUGAAAGCUAUCAGAAGUCAAUUCCAGCUCUUAAGAGGCAAAUCUUUUACUAUUUUGACUUUUUGUCUGGUGUUGCUGAGCUAGCUAGAUCCAACUGGACUGAAUUUAAUUUAAAGAUGAUGGGAAUUGGUUUUGGGCUUAUGUUAGUGUCAUUAUACAUAUAUUUUCUUGCCAUUAAGAGAGUAAACAAGUCAUAUGGUGUUUCUCUUCCUUCCUGUGGAGAUUCUGGAAUAUCCUUUGGCUUGAUAUUUGCUUCCUUUAUAGUGGUGAUACGUGCAUCGAGCUUCCUUUCAAAUAGUUAUAUUUUGGAAGAGGGGAAGGUGGCAAAUUUUCUUUUGGCAACAACUGCAAUUGUUAAGUUGCGUUAUUCAUUCAUGAAGAAGAAGAUGGUAUUUGAAGCCAUCGUCUUUAUUCUGUUGAUGUUCAUUCUCAGAAUUACCAUUGAUAUUGGGCUAUCUAAGCAAGCUGCCACUUCCCAAUUUAUGAAUGCAUCGCCUUCAUGGUUGCUUGGGAUUGCCAUAAGCCAGCCGAUUUGGACAUCUAUGAUUGAAAUUGUGCCAAUACUUGCUUUAAUAAUUUUGGCAUACUUGUUGUGCAAUACUACUUCUAGCAGCUCUUGCAGGGGAGUUCCAAAGUAUGUUGUCCUGGGAACAAUUUUAAGCUAUUUGCUCAUAGCUUUGCAUUGGGCCACAGAAAAUGAUGUAUUGAAUGUGGCUCUUUUCCUUAAAGGAAUUGAAAGAAACUACAUACCUCAGACAGUUUAUGCUAUUGGUUUUGGUCUGAUUUUGGUACUGGCGCUUGAUUCGUUGUUCUGCACAAAGAAGACUUAUGAUUGCAAAGUUAACUUGUUUGUUAAAAUGGUAGCACUAUUGUCUGCCUGCAGUUCAACAGUCAUUAUUCUCUCCGGGAAACAGGGUUCCAUGUUUGCAUUAACAUCUGUACUCUUAGGUUAUUGCAUAACAAGACUGGAGGGUAUUGAUCAAGAUAGCAUCCACGGAGCUGAUGGAAUCUCAACUUUAAAUCCUGUUCCUGUAGUGCAGUGGAGCCUCUUAGCUGUCUGUUUGUUUUUUGCUACUGGCCACUGGUGUGCUUUUGAUGGCCUGCGAUAUGGUGCUGCAUUUAUCGGAUUUGAUGAAUUUGUCCUUGUACGCCAAGCAAUCCUUCUUACAAUAGAGACAUUUGGAUUUUCUCACAUCCUUUCAGUAUUUGGACUCCCUAUUGUUAUUGCACCUCAAUAUUUGUUCAGCCAGACUGACAACAGAAGUAUACUUUCUGUAAGGUUAAUUCAAGUAUUUUUGAUGUAUGGACUUAUUAUGGCAACUACAGUCACAGCCACUAUACUGUGUGUCACUAUCCAACGACGGCAUCUAAUGGUGUGGGGAUUAUUUGCUCCUAAGUUUGUUUUUGAUGUGGUUGGCCUUAUUCUCACUGACGUCCUGAUUUGUUUAGCUUCAGUUUACUACACUGGAGGACUGGUGGGCAAUACGCCACAUGAUAAAACUAGAUAAUUCAACUUUUGCUCUUACUUAUUUACUUUAUUUGGAAAACCAGAUUCGAAUGUAUAAUCUAUCCCUAUUAGUUCUCCCUCUUUUAGCUUUCUCUUUUCCUAAUUGACAAAUGGAAUAUAUGUAGCAUGAAAUUACACAAACUAGCUUGAUUCCACUGUCAGUUAACAGAGCACUAAAGUAAGUGCCCCCGAGCGACUAAAAGCCCGAACAGGUGUUUUAUGCUAAUCUUUGAGUUUGCCGUGAGCACUGCAGGUGUUCCAUGCUAAUGCAAAGCAACAAGCAUGUUGCAUGGGAAAAUUUUCUGAUAAUGAAGGAAUAAAUUGGGUGCAAUUGGUUGUGGACAAACUUCUGCAAUCUUCUUCGUUGAUAGAAUGGCUUAGUCCUCUAGCCUACUUGCCUGUAGUUGAAUGUUUAUAGAUUCAUCAUGGGAUGGAUAAACUCAAAGUUCGCCUAUAAAUAUAGCUCAGAACUGUUCUAUGCAUGAUUUUGGUUGUAAAGGAAUCCUGGUAAUGGCUGAUGAUUGUGAGAUCCGCCACUAGGCCAAUGAACGGGUACAAGAGAGACCCGAGGUCUUGUCAUUUUGUUAUUAUCAUAUCUCUCGGUUUAAGUUGUUACUAAGCGUCAACUGCGAAUCUAUCGCCAGCCUGAGCAGCUAGAGCCUCAUGCACACAAAAACGGUUGUAAUCUCGUGGACUUUGCUUGUAGAGGAUAAACCUGCCUUAUGGUUUCUAUGCAUGCAUGUAACUUUUGUGAAUGUUAUGUUUUCUGUUAGGAGUCCAGAUUGUUUUGAGACUAGGAACUCUCUCUACGAACUCUGAUAUCUACGUAUGUCCUCUAGUUUUCUGAUUCUCAUUAUCCUAUCUUGCGGGAGCAGAGUGAAGGUGCU